AAGAUAGAGAGAGAAUCUGGUGGGCUUUGAGCUGUGAUUUAGCUGUCCCUUGGAAUGAAUUAUUUCAUCUCCACUCUCACCUUCUCUCUCUUCACACACUCAUAUACACCUUCUCACACAGUUCCAAAAUCCCUAGAAAAUCAUCUUCCUCAUCUUCUCUCUCUACCUCUCUCACAUUAAACAACCACAUUUUCCAUUUCCAUUUCUCUUAGAUCUCACAAACUCAUAAUCUUACCAUAUCCUUACUUCAAAUUUUAUUUGUGCUAGUUAACCACAAAGAACACACAUUUAGAAUCAUCUAAACAUUCACUAGUGAAAAACAACAUUCAUUAUUUUUUUUCAGAUGCCUCAUGUGAGAUGAGGAAGAAACAGCAUUAUUCAUCUCCAUCUUAUGUUAUUGUUCUUUUUUCAUUCUUCCUAAGUUUAACAACAACACUAUCCUCAUCCAUUGUCUCAGAUGGGUCCCACCUUACAGAAGCAGAAACACAAUACAUAAAACAUAGACAACUCCUAUACUACAGAGAUGAAUUCAACGACAGAGGUGAAAAUGUUACGGUGGAUCCAACCCUAGUUUUCUCCAACAACCGCAUCAAAAACGCUUACGUGGCAUUACAAGCUUUUAAACAAGCUAUUCUUUCUGAUCCACGUAACUGCACCGUUGAUUGGGUAGGUUCCGAUGUUUGCAGCUACACCAAUGUUUUCUGUGCACCCGCACUUGAUAAUCCUAAGAUCAAUACCGUCGCUGGUAUCGAUCUUAAUCACUGUGAUAUAGCCGGAUACUUACCGGAAGAGCUCGGUCUUUUGACCGAUCUCGCUUUAUUUCAUGUUAAUACUAAUCGAUUUUGUGGAACUGUUCCACAUAAAUUCGAGAAGUUGAAAAUCUUGUUUGAAUUGGAUCUGAGUAACAAUCGUUUCGCCGGAAAGUUUCCGGAGGUUGUUCUCCGGUUACCGGAGUUAAAAUUUCUAGAUCUGAGGUUCAAUGAAUUUGAAGGAACUGUACCUAAGGAGCUCUUUGAUAAAGAUUUGGAUGCUAUUUUCAUCAAUCAUAACCGUUUUGUGUUUAAUUUACCGGAGAAUUUUGGUAAUUCUCCGGUGUCAGUGAUUGUACUGGCGAACAACCGUUUCCACGGUUGUUUGCCAGCUGGGAUUGGCAAUAUGACGAGAUUAAAUGAGAUUAUUGCGAUGAAUAACGGUUUUCAAGCGUGUUUGCCUGAGGAAGUAGGGUUGUUGAAGAAUUUGACUGUGUUUGAUGUUAGUUUCAACAAGUUUUUGGGGCCGUUGCCAGAGAAGUAUGGAAAUGCUGUGGGUUUGGAAGUGUUGAAUGUGGCUCAUAAUUAUCUUUCCGGUCAAAUUCCGGCGAGUAUUUGUGCGUUGCCGAAUUUGGUGAAUUUUACUUACAGUUAUAACUUCUUUACCGGUGAACCACCGCAGUGUUUGGUGUUGCCGGCGGCGGAUGAUAGACAGAAUUGUUUACCGGCGAGACCAAGACAACGGCCGGCGAAGACGUGUAAGGCGUUUGCGUCUCACCAUGUUAAUUGUAAUGCUUUUAGAUGUAAAGCAUUUGUUCCUUCUUUGCCGUCACCGCCGCCGUCGCCGGUGUUUCCACCUCCAGUUGUUACUCCACCGACACCGGUAUUUAAUCCACCACCAUCACCAGUAUUGUCUCCACCACCGCCCUCACCACCACCACCAGUGUUUUCUCCACCACCGCCAGUGUAUUCUCCACCUCCACCACCACCGCCGGUAUAUUCACCACCACCCCCACCUCCUUCACCACCACCACCUUCACCUCCACCACCACCUCCACCAGUUUACUCCCCACCACCCCCUCCGCCAUCACCUCCACCACCUUCUCCCCCACCACCACCCCCACCGGUGUAUUCACCACCACCACCUCCACCAGUGUACUCCCCACCACCACCUCCACCAGUGUACUCCCCACCACCACCUCCACCAUCACCCCCACCACCUUCACCACCUCCUCCAGUUUACUUACCACCACCUCCUCCACCUCCACCACCACCUCCAUCGCCUACACCACCAUAUUGUGUUAGGUCUCCACCACCUCCACCACCAAAUUCACCACCACCACCGCCUCCACCUGCUCCUGUAUUCUCACCACCUCCACCAGUUCCUUACUACUAUAGCUCACCACCUCCACCACCAGCUCACUCACCUCCACCACCACCUCAUUCGCCACCACCACCACCUCACUCACCUCCUCCACCCGUAUAUCCAUAUUUAUCACCCCCACCACCUCCUCCAGUACACUCACCUCCACCACCAGUCUAUUCACCACCACCGCCAUCUCCACCACCUUGUGUAGAACCUCCACCACCUCCACCGCCACCUUGUGUAGAACCUCCACCACCAUCAUCGCCAGCGCCACAUCAAACACCUUAUCACCCACCACCAUCCCCAUCACCACCACCAUCACCAGUAUAUGCCUAUCCCUCACCGCCACCACCGGUAUACACCUCACCCCCACCAUCACCAGUAUAUGCAUAUCCCUCACCUCCACCACCGGUAUAUUCAUCGCCGCCACCACCACCUGUAUAUGAAGGGCCUAUACCACCUGUCUUUGGAAUCUCAUAUGCAUCACCACCACCACCACCCUUUUAUUGAUUCUUUUGAGAACUUCUCCUCUUACCCUUUUACCUACUCCACCACCAACCUUUAACACAUUUUUAUCAUCAAUCAAAUUCAGUCAUAUAUGCAUGCAUACUCGCGACUCUCGUCGCGCAAUGUUAGAGGAAAAAUCAAAUCAAAUUACAAUAAACCAAGAGAGAACCUAGAAGGGUUUUGUGUCAAGGAAGCAGCAUAAUUAGUCCUUGUUUGUGGGUCAAUAGAUAAAGGAAGUGAAAAAAAAAUGUGGUUAUGGUGGAUUGAGUUAUAGGUAAGAGGAGAAUGUCUCUGUCUCAUAUUGAUUUGAAUUGUUAUGGAUAUUCAAGUUGUGUAAUAAAAAUGGCCGAGAAAGAAGAUUAGGUUGCAGAGAAAAAACUUGUAUCUAUGGGAAUGAAUGAAUGAAUUUGGAGGAGACCAUGACACCAUAAUUCAGGGCCUGCAAAGAUCAGUGUGAGUGGCACUUUCUUCUGCUGCUGCUACUGCUGUUCUUGUUUAUGGAGUUUAUUGUUAUAGUCUCUCUUAUAUCAUACUUUUUAUUUUAUUUUUUACUUUUUUUAAUUUAUUUUUGUUUCUUUGGCAUUGCAAUUUAUAGUAUAAGUUUAUGAACAUUUUACAUGUAUUGAUUUUUCUGAAUUGAGGUAAUUCCUUUCUCUUAUCAUUGUCUCA